UUUUGGGCAUUGAAACUUGCUAUCGCUGAUCAGACAACAUCGCACUUCGUCGGUACUUUUGCCUACGACGUCCGCCAUCCGCUACCUUGAAAGAUGUCUCGUCCAGCUGUCGCCGACUUCGUGGACUCCUUCUUCACCAACACUCUCUUCCAGGCCGACGACAAGCUCGCAGCGUCGGUGCUAGCCACCGAGCUUGCCUCAGAUGCCAACAUUGUGAUCAAUGGCACAUCUCUGACUGGUUCCGACUUUGUCAAUCUCAUUACCACACAAUUUCGCUCAGCAUUCUCUGCAUCUAUCGUUGAAAUCAAAGACCUCAACAUUGCAACGACAAACGACUCAGGCUCUACAGGUGUGGUCGGGCAAUGGACAGCAUACGUGACCAAAGGAAAGGAGGAUGGCAAAGAAAUCAAGCAGAGCGCAACAACCAUCGUAAAGGUUGAGGAAAGGGAUGGCAAGAAUGUCGUGACUGGCCUCUGGGAGGCGCAAACUGUAGAGGAAGCUUGAUCUACGAGACACGAGCUUUACAAAGGAUUUGGACCAGUUACUCUAGGCGUACCCAAUCGCGCGGAAUAGCCACCCCAAGACUAGAAGAAUUGAGUCGAGAAUCUACACCAAGGGACUGGAGAGAUAACCAGUUUAUCGCUGCCGAAAGACCACCUCCGCAAGCUGAUCACCCUUGUCAGCAUUUUUGC